AUGGUGCACUUUGGACUUGAUCAGUUUCUACUGUGGAUGGCCCUUUGUUGGUUUGGAUCGAGGCAAAGACUGGAAAUAGGGAGAAGAGACAAACUUAUGGGUUAUCAGGCUGUCCGCCACGUGGUGACCCUGGACAGCCCGAUAACCCAAAGGGAUAGGGUCACGGGUUUUGAUUUUGGGCUCUCGCUAGGCUCGAUGAAUUGGUCCGAGUCGUUCGACUAA